UGCUAUGAACAUAUAUAUGCUUAACAUAAACUGUAUAUGUGCAGGUCUAAUUGCGGGAAAGAAGAGUAACAUUGCAUCUAAAACCUACCGCUAAAGAGAGAGUGAGGGGAGAGCACCACUUCAAAAAUGAGUCUGUAUAGAAAGAUGAAGGAUGGGGACACUGCAGCAUUUCCAGAACCUAGCUGUGUGUCUAUGAAGAGUGAAAACUCCCUUCAUCAUCCCCCUGGUUUCAGCAAUGAAGCAAUGACUCCUGACCCCAGGCAGCUCUACACAGAACCAAACUUGCUAAAUGAAUCUGAAGACCUGCAUCAGGAUUCUCAUAAACCAGUAGAUGAUGUCCUGCAGAGAGUCAAAGACCAACACAAAACCAUCAUGAAGAACAAAUAUGAGAGUUUAUUUGAGGGAAUCAAACAACAAGAGAAUCAAACCCUCUUAAAGAGGAUUUACACACAACUGUACAUCAUAGAGGGAGAAAGUGAAGGAGUGAAUGAAGAACAUGAGAUUUUACACAUGGAGAAAAACACCAGAACACAACACUUACAAGACACAACACUCUACUGCAAUGACAUCUUUAUACCCUUACCUGAACCAGAACAUAAAACAAAGAAAAGAAAAGACAAAAUCAAGAGCGUUCUUACUAAAGGCAUCGCUGGAAUUGGAAAAACCGUCUCUGUACAGAAGUUCAUUCUGGAUUGGGCCGAGGGAACAGCCAAUCAGGAUGUAGAUUUCAUGUUUGUGCUUCCAUUUCGAGAGCUGAACUUGAUUCAAGAUGAUCAGUACAGUCUUCACAAACUUCUGCUUGACUUUCAUCCUGAACUUCAAGAUCUGGACCCAAAGAUUUAUGAUGAGUGUAAAAUUGUGUUCAUCUUUGAUGGUCUGGAUGAAAACAGAAUGACACUGAUGUUUUCAGACGCUGAGAAAGUUUCUGAUGGGACUGAGACUUCAUCAGUGCCUGUGUUGAUAUCAAAUCUCAUGAAAGGAGAUCUACUUCCCUCUGCUCUUAUCUGGAUCACCUCCAGACCAGCAGCAGCCAAUCAGAUCCCAUCUAAAUACAUCCACCGUCUGACAGAAAUCCAGGGAUUCAAUGAUGCUCAGAAGGAGGAAUAUUUGAGGAAGAGCAUCAGUGAUGAACAUCAAGCCAGCAGAAUCAUCUCACACAUUAAAAGAUCAAGAAGUCUCCACAUCAUGUGUCACAUACCAGUCUUCUGUUGGAUCUCAUCCACUGUGCUUCAAAACAUCCUGAAACAAGACAAUGAGAGAGCAGAAAUCCCAAAAACUCUGACUGAAAUGUACAUCCACUUCCUGCUGAUUCAGAUGAACAUGAAGAAUGAGAAGUAUGAUGAGAGAGAUCCAGAGAAACUCCUGCAGUCUAACAGAGAAAUGAUUGUCAAACUGUCUAAACUGGCUUUCGAACAGCUGAUGAAGGGUAAUGUGAUGUUUUAUGAGGAGGAGGUGAGAGAGUCUGGCAUAGACAUCACUGAUGCCUCAGUAUAUUCUGGGAUUUGUACUGAGAUCUUUAAGGGGGAAUCUGGGAUACAUCAGAGGAAAAUCUACUGCUUCAUACAUCUCAGCUUUCAGGAGUUUCUGGCAGCUCUCUAUUUAUUUUACUGCAGUUUAAUGAAGAACACAAAAUCACUGCAGAUAUUUCUGAAGGAAAAAUAUGACUUGUACAGCAGAUUCUCUUACAAUAAUAAUUACAAGUCUGGGGAAAUCGCUCUGUAUUAUCUUUUACAAGCUGCGGUAGAUAUAGCUCUUCAGAGUAAGAAUGGGCAUCUGGAUCUUUUUCAGCGAUUCCUGCUGGGAAUAUCACUGAAGACCAAUCAGAGACUCUUACAGGAUCUCCUGACACACACAGUGGACACCUCAGAAACCAUGAAGGAUAUCAAAAAACACAUUAAAAAUAAAGUCAAGCAUAAUGAUCAUCUCUCAGUUGAAAGAUCCAUCAAUCUGUUUCUGUGUCUUCUCGAAGUGAAUGAUCAGACUUUGUACAGAGAGAUUAAAGAGUUUGUGAGAUCAGACAAACAAUCAGAGAAGAAACUCUCUGCUGCUUACUGUUCAGCAUUAGCCUACAUGCUUCAGAUGUCUGAGGAGGUGUUAGAUGAGUUUGAUCUGAAGGAAUACAACACAACACAGGAGGGUAGAAGAAGACUCAUACUAGUGGUCAGCAACUGCACAAAAGCAAAUCUACAGAGCUGUGAUCUCACUGCUCUGUGUUGUGAAAGUUUGUCUUUAUGUCUACAAUCCUCAAACUCAGCUGUGAGAGAUCUGGACCUGAGUUUCAAUGACCUGCAGGAUUCAGGAGUGAAGCUUAUCUCUGAUGCACUGAAGAGUCCAGACUGUAAACUAGAGAUACUGAGAUUGUCCAGUUGUAAUCUGACAGCUGAAUGUUGUGAAAGUUUGUCUUUAUGUCUACAAUCCUCAAACUCAACUGUGAGAGUUCUGGACCUAAGUAACAAUGACCUGCAGGAUUCAGGAGUGAAGCUCAUCUCUGACGCUCUCAAGAGUCCAGACUGUGAACUAGACACACUGAGAUUAUCAGGUUGUAUGGUGACAGAUGAAGGUUGUUGUUAUUUGGCUUCAGCUCUGAGUUCAAACCCAUCAUCACACCUGAGAGAGCUGGAUCUGAGCUACAAUCACCCACAACACUCAGGAGUUCAGAUGCUCUCUCAGAGGCUUUGUGAUCCAAACUCUACACUCAACAAACUCAAUUUGGAUCAUGGAGGAGAGUUCAGAAUUACAGCAGGACUAUACAAGUAUGCCUGUGAUCUCACACUGGAUCCAAACACAGCAAACACUCAACUCAUACUGUCUGAAGACAACAGAAAAGUGACGUGUAUGAAUGUGGAGCAGUCGUAUCCUGAUCAUCCAGAAAGAUUUAGGUGGUAUCCUCAGGUUUUUUGUAAAGAAAGUCUGACUGGACGCUGUUACUGGGAGGUUAAAUGGAGUGGCUGGGGUGUUUUUAUAUCAGUAGCAAAUAAAAGCAUUCACAGAAAAGACAGGAGGGAUGACAGUUUGUUUGGAUUCAAUAAAAAAUCAUGGAGUCUACAGUGCACUAAUCGUGGCAUCACCGCCCGUCACAGGAGUAAGGGAAGAAUCAUAUCUGCUCUUAAACCCUACUUUAAUAAUGAAGCAGUUUCUAAUAGAGUAGGAGUUUAUCUGGACUGGUCAGCAGGCACUCUGUCCUUCUACAGCGUCACUGAUACACAAACACUCACACACUUACACACAUUCAACACAACAUUCACUCAACCUCUAUAUGCUGGAUUUAUGGUUUAUUUAAAUUCUUCAGUGUCUCUGUCAGGUUGAUAAACACAAACAUUGACAGAAAUUCUACACUCGCCUAAAGGAUUAUUAGGAACACCAUACUAAUACUGUGUUUGACCCCCUUUCGAAUUCAAAACUGCCUUAAUUCUACGUGGCAUUGAUUCAACAAGGUGUUGAAAGCAUUCUUUAGAAAUGUUGGCCCGUAUUGAUAGGAUAGCAUCAUGCACAUCCAGGGCACGAAGCUCCCGUUCCACCACAUCCCAAAGAGAGAUGCUCUAUUGGGUUGAGAUCUGGUGACUGUGGGGGCCAUUUUAGUACAGUGAACUCAUUGUCAUGGUCAAAAAACCAAUUGAGCUUUGUGUCAUGGUGCAUUAUCCUGCUGGAAGUAGCCAUCAGAGGAUGAGUACAUGGUAGUCAUAAAGGGAUGGACAUGGUCAAAAACAAUGCUCAGGUAGGCCAUGGCAUAUAAAAAAUGCCCAAAUGGCACUAAGGGGCCGAAAGUGUGCCAAGAAAACAUUCCCCACACCAUUACACCAUUGCAUUAACGAGAAAUUGAACAGGUGUUCCUAAUAGUCCUUUAGGUGAGUGUAUAGGUAGUUGUAUUGUGUUGUGGUCUAUAUUGGUUCAAAUUAUGUAUGUACCUUAUUUCAUUUUAUAUCUUAUUUCAUUUGUUGAAUGCUUUAUUCUGAUUUAAGGAAUGUUGCACAAGUAUGCAUUAUUUUUUGAUAAGCGCACACCUGACCUGUCAAAUAUCUUAAAAUAACCAUGAGAGCAAUAUCUAUGGUAACUGUGGUAUAAGCGGAAUAAAUGAUUCUGGUCUUUGAAAUAUAUGAAAAUAAUCCAUACCCACGGUGCAUUACCACCUUGGGUGUGCAUUAUUUUCGAAUAAUUCAAUGGCCCUUCUUCAAUUAUCCCUAACGUAAACAGCCCUCUGGGAUAAAAACCAAUAAAUGAACCAGGGAAAAAAAUAACUAUAUUGAAUAAAAACUAAAUUACUAAAACUCUCUAAAGCAGUGCCAAGAGACAUACUUUUUGUACAUAUUUGAAGUGUAAAGAAAGACUGAAGUGUAUUGUGUUUAUAAAAUUGGUUAAUUGAUAGAGAGUUAAUGGGUGGAUGAUCAAUGAAGGGUUAAUGAUACCUCUGGACAAGGAGGAUAAAUUGUCUAUAGUCUAAUAGCAGUAAACAUGAAUGACCUCUUGUAUCGCUUCCUGUUGCACCAGGGUUGGAUCAGUCGAUGCUGAGUGUGCUUCUCAUUCCAGCAAGCAUGUCAUGAUGUUAUAUGACGUUUUGUCCAUGAUUGUCAUCGGUUUGGAUAUGACUCUUAUUUCUGCAACAGUCUCAAGCAUUUCCAGAUCCACUCCAAUGACAGAUCCUGCUUUCCUAAUAAACAUAUU